AUGUCGCUUCUAGGCACUAUAAAUCCUAAUUUUAAUCCCGGCCGUUCGGUGGAAUCCCACGGCGGCCAUGAGAACGAGAAUGAAGGCGCUCAAGCCGAGAGAGCUGCUGCCGUGAACGAAGGAACUGAGCACUUGGUUCGCGAGGAGCACACAGUGUACACGACCCAUCAUGAAGAGCGUCACACAAGUCUCUCCCCAGAAUCUGGCAGAUCCGAGAAGAAGGGAACUGCCUGGGGUAUGGACGGAAGCACCUUGAGCACUGCUGAAACCGCCAUGGAGAAACGCGAUUACAGCAGCGAAGACGCCGAUGAAGAUGAAGAGGAAAAAGCUGCCGAAGAGGAGGUCACUCGACUUGCACAGCAAUUGACUCGUCAAUCGACACGGUUUUCUGUCAGCAACAACGCGGAGAACUCGUUUCUGGAGGUGAAGGACGACUCCACGCUGAACCCGCACAGCCCCAACUUCAAGGCAAGGCACUGGAUGAAGAAUUUGUUGGCGCUUUCGUCUCGCGAUCCGGAACGCUAUCCCAAGCGUGAGGCGGGUGUCUCCUUCCAGAACCUCAGUAUCCAUGGUUUCGGUAGUCCUACAGAUUACCAAAAGGAUGUUUUCAACUCCGUGUUGCAGGUUGGUGCCCUUAUGCGCAAGCUGACGGGUACUGGGAAGCAGAAGAUCCAGAUCCUCCGCGACUUCGAUGGUCUUGUCAGGAGUGGUGAAAUGCUGGUGGUCCUCGGUCGUCCUGGUAGUGGAUGCUCUACCUUCUUGAAGACCCUUGCGGGUGAGAUGAACGGUAUCUACAUGGACAAGCAGUCUGAAUUGAAUUACCAGGGUAUCUCGGCCAAGCAGAUGCGGAAGCAGUUCAAGGGCGAAGCUAUCUAUACCGCGGAAACCGAUGUCCACUUUCCUCAACUGACUGUCGGCGACACCCUCAAAUUUGCUGCCCUUUCUCGCUGCCCACGGAACCGUUUCCCCGGAGUCUCGAAGGAGCAGUAUGCUACUCAUAUGCGUGAUGCUGUGAUGGCUAUGCUUGGUCUUUCGCAUACCAUCAACACCCGUGUCGGUAACGAUUUCGUCCGUGGUGUGAGUGGUGGUGAGCGCAAGCGUGUCAGUAUCGCUGAAGCUACUCUUUGUGGAAGCCCUCUACAGUGCUGGGAUAACAGUACUCGUGGUUUGGAUAGUGCGAACGCACUCGAAUUCUGCAAGACUUUGAAUCUGAUGACCAAGUACGCUGGUGCCACAGUGGCUGUGGCCAUUUACCAAGCCUCCCAGAGUGCUUAUGAUGUCUUCGACAAGGUGACUGUGUUGUAUGAGGGCAGACAGAUCUACUUCGGUCCUACCGAUGAAGCCAAGGAAUUCUUCACCAACAUGGGAUUCGAAUGCCCUGAGCGUCAGACCACCGCUGAUUUCCUGACCUCCCUGACCAGCCCUGCUGAGCGCAUUGUGAAGCCGGGUUACGAAGGCAAGGUUCCACGCACCCCUGACGAGUUUGCCGCCGCCUGGAAGAGCAGUGAGGCCUACAGUAGGCUGAAGAGACAAAUUGCUGAGUACAAUCAAGAAUUUGCAAUUGGUGGAGAGUCGCUUGGCAAGUUUAUUGAAUCUCGCAAGGCCAUGCAAUCGAAGAACCAGCGCGUCAAGUCUCCCUACACCAUUUCUCUUUACGAACAGGUCAAGCUCUGCUUGAUUCGAGGAUUCCAGCGACUACAAGGUGAUGCCAGUUUGACCAUCUCCCAGUUGGUCGGAAACUUCAUCAUGGCCUUGAUCAUUGGAAGUGUCUUCUACAAUUUGCAACCGGUGACCUCUAGUUUCUAUUCCCGUGGUGCUCUUCUCUUCUUCGCCGUCUUGCUCAACGCCUUCUCCAGUGCUCUUGAGAUCUUGACCCUGUAUGCUCAACGUCCGAUUGUCGAAAAACAAGCCCGCUACGCCAUGUAUCACCCAUUCGCCGAAGCCAUCGCAUCAAUGCUUUGUGACAUGCCUUACAAAGUUGGAAAUGCCAUCAUCUUCAACAUUACUCUAUAUUUCAUGACUGGUCUUCGUCGCGAACCAGGCGCAUUCUUCGUCUUCCUGUUGUUUUCCUUCGUGACGACCUUGACCAUGUCCAUGCUUUUCCGAACUAUCGCUGCCUCUUCUCGCACUCUUUCCCAGGCUCUGGUGCCCGCUGCCAUCCUCAUCUUGGGUCUGGUCAUCUACACUGGAUUCACCAUUCCUACGAGAUACAUGCUUGGCUGGUCGAGAUGGAUGAACUACAUCAACCCCAUUGCCUACGGAUUCGAGAGCUUGAUGGUUAACGAAUUUCAUCAUCGCCAAUUCCUUUGCUCUGAAUCGGAGCUGAUUCCAAAUUACUCGGGUGCUUCGAUCGAGUACCAGAUCUGUUCCACGGUUGGCGCUGUUGCUGGAUCCAAGUACGUCCAGGGUGAUGACUACCUUCACAAGAGUUUCCAGUACUAUGACAGCCACAAGUGGAGGAACUUGGGUAUCAUGUUCGCCUUCAUGAUCUUCUUCAUGACUACCUAUCUGCUUGCCACCGAGUUCAUCUCGGAAGCCAAGUCCAAGGGUGAAGUGUUGCUGUUCCGCCGUGGUCAAGCUCCACCUUCGCUCGACGAUGUUGAAACGGCCCAUCACGUCGCCGCAGACGAGAAGACUGAUGGGUCUAAUGGCCAGUCGAGCGCUGCUAUUCAGAGGCAAGAGGCCAUUUUCCACUGGCAGGACGUGUGCUACGACAUCAAGAUCAAGGGCGAGCCCCGGCGCAUUUUGGACCAUGUUGAUGGCUGGGUCAAGCCUGGAACCUGUACUGCUCUUAUGGGUGUUUCUGGUGCUGGUAAAACUACUCUUCUGGACGUGCUCGCAACCCGUGUGACAAUGGGUGUUGUAACUGGUGAGAUGUUGGUUGACGGUCGCCCUCGGGAUCAAUCCUUCCAGCGCAAGACUGGUUAUGUUCAGCAACAAGAUCUUCAUCUUCACACUACCACCGUCCGGGAGGCUCUGCGCUUCAGCGCCAUUCUCCGUCAACCCGCCCAUGUCAGUCGUCAAGAAAAGCUCGAUUACGUUGAAGAAGUCAUCAAGUUGCUUGGUAUGGAAGCAUAUGCCGAUGCUGUUGUCGGUGUUCCUGGUGAAGGUCUGAACGUCGAGCAGCGCAAGCGUCUUACUAUCGGUGUUGAAUUGGCAGCGAAGCCGCAACUACUUUUGUUCCUUGAUGAGCCCACAUCCGGUCUUGACAGUCAAACCUCCUGGUCCAUUCUCGAUCUCAUCGAUACCCUGACCAAGCAUGGUCAGGCCAUCCUGUGCACGAUCCACCAGCCCUCCGCCAUGCUCUUCCAGCGUUUCGAUCGCUUGUUGUUCCUCGCUAAGGGUGGUAAGACCGUUUACUUUGGCGAAAUCGGUGACAAGUCGUCGACUCUUGCUAGCUACUUCGAACGGAAUGGUGCUCCCAAACUGCCUACUGAAGCCAACCCAGCUGAAUGGAUGCUUGAGGUCAUUGGUGCUGCUCCUGGAUCGCAUAGUGGUAUUGACUGGCCCGCUGUCUGGCGCGAAAGCCCCGAACGUCAGGGGGUACUUGAUCACCUUGCUGAGCUGAAGUCUACUCUCUCGCAAAAGCCGGUCGAUACUAGCAAGCAGGACCCUGGCGAGCUCAACGAAUUCGCUGCACCCUUCUCUGUUCAAUUGUGGGAGUGUUUGACUCGUGUUUUCUCGCAGUACUGGAGAACUCCUGUCUACAUCUACUCGAAGAUCGCGCUUUGCGUCCUGACAUCGCUCUACAUCGGUUUCUCCUUCUUCAAGGCGAAGAACAGUGCUCAGGGUCUCCAGAACCAGAUGUUCAGUAUUUUCAUGCUGAUGACCAUCUUUGGUAACCUUGUUCAGCAAAUUCUUCCCAACUUCUGUACCCAGCGUUCGCUAUACGAGGCUCGUGAGAGACCCUCUAAGGCCUACUCGUGGAAGGCUUUCAUGGCCGCUAACAUCAUCGUCGAGCUUCCAUGGAACGCGCUCAUGAGUGUCAUUAUCUUUGUAUGCUGGUACUACCCCAUUGGUCUGUACCAGAAUGCUGAGCCCACCAACGCCGUCCACGAGCGUGGAGCUUUGAUGUUCCUGCUGAUCCUGUCCUUCCUCCUGUUCACCUCCACAUUCGCGCAUAUGAUCAUUGCUGGUAUUGAACUCGCUGAAACCGGUGGUAACAUUGCCAACUUGCUCUUCUCCCUGUGCCUGAUCUUCUGUGGUGUCCUUGCCACACCUUCCCAGCUCCCAGGCUUCUGGAUCUUCAUGUACCGUGUCUCGCCAUUCACGUACCUGGUAUCAGGCAUGUUAGCUACCGGUGUGUCAGGCACGACUGCUACCUGCGAAGCUGUUGAAUACCUUCACUUCAGCCCUCCUCCUGACACCACCUGCCAGAGCUACAUGUCCAACUAUAUCAGCAGCUACGGCGGCUACCUCGAGAACCCGAAUGCCACCUCCGACUGUUCCUUCUGUACGAUCUCCAGCACAGACACCUAUCUGGCCCAAGUGAACAGCUAUUUCAGCGACGCAUGGCGCAAUUUCGGCCUGAUGUGGGUCUACAUUGCGUUCAACAUCUUCGCUGCCGUGUUCAUUUACUGGCUCGCUCGUGUGCCCAAGGGCCAGCGGACCAAGGCAUAA